AUGACGCGCCGCAAAGUCACCUGCGCCGCUGGGGCCGCCGCGCUCGCGGCGAUAGCGCUCCGGGCAGGAUUCAUCUCCACGGCGUGGCGCUCACGCCCGCGGCCCCUGACCGUGCGAAGAGCUGCGGCAACAAGCCCAGUUCUCCGACCUUCCAACGACCCGGAGCUCUUUGACUCUGCGGCCGUAGGGGGAGUCGUAGUGGAAGCUCCUUCUGGAGGGUGCCAGAAGUGGAGGAUGUUCUACCACGGGCGAAGCCAGGAGGUGGAUCCUGCAGUCGUUGCCCUCUCGAUGGGUUCCAUCGGCAUUGCCGAAAGCGACGACGGCCUCCAUUGGGAAAAGUGCACCGGCCAUGCAGCAACGCAGGCGAUUUUCGAGCCAUCGAAGGAGCCCUCUGCAUUCGACUCGGCCCUCGUUGGCAUGGGCAGCAUCCUAGGCACCUUCCCGAAGAGGGCUUCGGGUUUAGGGUUUUGGGCUUGA